CCCAGAAUCCCUUGGGAGAAACCAGGGCAACUAAACUGUUUACAUUCUCAAGGGAGAAGCCAAAGCCUUAGUUACCAAACGCAGAGGGAGAUGAACCAGGCACAAACUCUGCUGCUUGACGGUCUCAUCAAGACAAAGCAUGUAGAAAAAGCCGCCCUCAUCAGAAUUGCCGACAUGAAUGUGAUGGCAGCAACUCCAGGCUUCAAUAUUCAAAACUGGGCCUUAAUCUUCGUCCAAGCCUUCUUCAACAACCAGACCCAAAUACGGAAGGAAGGGCAGUACUUUAAUGACCGGUAUUACAAAUGCUACAGAGCCGAUGGCAACUCCAUCUACCUUAAAGUAAAAGGAGAUGGAGUGAUCAUAGUUAAAACAGGAAGCUUUAUCCUGGUUGGAACAUAUUGCCAAGGUAUGUACCCCAGUGUCUGCGUCGAGGCAGUGGAGAAACUAGCAGACUACCUGAGAGCGAAGGGGAACUGAAGAAAUGAAGGAAGAAAGAAAAGAGCAAGAGAACUUUCCACCCCAAAUUCUUGCUUGGCACAACCAGGAAAAGAAAUGUCCCUUUUUGAACAACACAUUGGGUUCCCUGCAGGUCAGGCUCAAUGGAUAUGUCCUUUGGAUGCACAGAGGAGGAUACCCAGCAUCAUCAUUAAACACUUUCAAAGUAUAGACAAGCAUCUUGAUGUAGACUUGAAUUACUAUAAGCCUAUUUCCAGAGAAGGAUAUAGCAGGCAAGCAUGGAUGAAGACGGGGACCAUCUCCUUGCUAUUAACCUACAAUGAAAGGAAAUCGGCUGAAGUUGGCAGAGCUGUUACCACGGCAACCACAGGUGAUAAGGCUCAGCUUCCCUUGUUGAGGAAAAGGACCACCAGGUUGCCAAGGCAAUGGACCACUGGGCCUCCAUGGAGAAUUUUCUGUCAGAGCCAGCUCUACCGUUGGACAGAGUAAGGCAACAGGUUGAAAAGGCUGCAAACCAUUGUUUUCUUGGUUUUAUUCUCAAGAAGAGGCAAUUCUGGGAUUUUUGCUUUUGCCUCAGUUACAACUUGGAUUGCUUUUGGUCCCCUGCACCUGAACUUGGAUGCUAGAAAGAUCUGCAUUUCCUGCCAGACAUAAUGUUUUCCAUCAAAUCUUGGGUGCACAUCGUCUUUGCCAUGCCCAGUAAUAAACAGUGCAGCCUUUUUUCAAGCUGAAGAUUGUAACCGGCCACAGACUGGCACGCCAGGGUUGGGCCACUUUGAAAGCAGACGGGUCCCAACACAAAGGAGUGGGUGAGCAAGGAAUGGUUUUAAAUUAGAGUUAAUGUUCAUUUGUAAAUGUUCAAUAAACAUGGUAAAUGGUA